UUAUCUUACAAUACAUACAUGUUUAUACAGAUGGUAAAUGUUCAUAAUUUACGUGAAGGAAAUUCUGUAUUCAGUUUUAGCGUCUUAGUUAUAGAUUAGUGAGCAGGUUCAGAAAACCGGUCAGAUUUGAUACAUAUCAUUGGGGCAUCGCUAUAUCUUCAAUAAUUAUUAUCUAGAUACAACUUUGAUUGCCUGUGCAAAUUAUUAUGGUGUACUAUUGUUAUCAUUUUAUGUUGUAAAAACUUCCUUAUUUGCAAUCAUUUCACUCUAAAGAUGUGAAUAAAACUAAAAGCAUCUGCGACAGGAACAUAUAUUCUUUUUAUGAAAUAGCAAACAUGUGUUUAAGAAAGUUAUAAUAAUGGAAUUAGAAGAAUAUUGCAUUUGUAACACUUGGAUAAAGUAGCGCUUGAAGUGAAAUAAUUUGUCAAGAAAAUAGCAAAGUAUAAAGAAUUUAAAGUGAUAUUUUGACUUCGAUUAAAAAUACUAAAUAACUUUUACUAUACUUAUUGCAAAAAUACUAAAGCAGCAAAGUAUAAUAAAAAUUAAAUUUAAAUAAAAAGUUAAAGGAAUUAUUUGUACGAUAUACAUAAUAUGUCUGUUAAUGAUUGCUUUUUUCUAUGUCCUCGUACAUUUGAAAACGAGGGCUUAUGCCCGGCCCGAGAUCAUCCAAAUAAGUCAUUCAGAUACGAUCCCUAUCAUUUAUUGCUGUGUAUUUGUUCGUACAUGCGGCUGUGCGUCCGUGUGUGUGUUUGUGUGUGUGUUUCGACAAUAACACGUUUUGUCUUUUUUCAUAUUUUUUUUCAGAAAAGAAAUGUACUUCGAAAAUAACGUCAUCGACUACAGUUUCUUCUGAAACACUGCCUUCAGUUUCGUCAACAGAAUAUUCUGCCAUAAACCCUAUGACAACUGUAACGGAGUCGAAAGUAGUUCCGCCUAUGACUGUGACAGAAACAACAGAAAGAACUAGUGUGACUGCCCCGCAAGUUCCACAGAAAAAAUCGGAGAUAAACGCUGUAUACAUUGCAGCUCCAGUUGCCUCUUGUCUUGUUGUUUUGAUGGUGCUUCUUUUAUUUCUUUGGUGGCGACAUAAUAAAUGUAAUCUCUCUGGUACGCUGCGAACACUAAGGAAACGAGACCCGGGUACAUUGAUUACAAAUAAGACAUACAAAGCAAGCGGUAUAGAUCGACAUAGGUCCAUGGAUGAUAUACGUCAGUCUGAAGUUGAUGAGUAUGCAGAAAUAUCUUUAGAUAACAUGAAUACUGACAAUUCCAUGGGAGAUGAUUAUCAAGAAAUAAAGGAACCAAAUGAUGAUAAAACUGACAGAAACAAAUCGUAUGCACAUAUUAAGCUAUCAGACACGGACUUCGUUGGUACGAAUGAUACGAACUACUCUCAUAUAGAUAUUGGAAAGGGGGCAAAUAGCAUACAAUUCGAUAAAAAAUACGCACAAUCGAACGCAGUUGAUGCGUCAAAUAAACCUGAAAUGAGCUGGAAGGAUACUUUUGAGACAUACAACAAGUUGAACACUGUGAUUCUGACGGAGAAAAGAGUACAAGACGGCGAAGACACUGACACAGAAUAUAACCAUGCUCAUUCCGGAGGUCAAGAUCCAAAAUAUGAAGAGAACAACUGUUCGCAUCUGGCUUGUGAAGCUACUUCGAAGUCGGCAUCACAAGAAUCUGAAGAAUCUGCUGAUAGUAAAAAAUACGAUGACAGAAACAAAACCAGUGCAAUAGACACUACUAAGCUAUCCAAAGACACUUGUCUUGAUACAGGUUAUGAAUUUGCAAAAAAUAUUGACGAUCUUGGUAGCAGUGGAGUGUCUAAAUUUGCGCAGGAAACACAACAGAUAUCUGAUGGCACAACACAUGACUAUUUCACCUUAGGACCGGACCCAGCAGUAGAUAUGAAAUCCUUUUAUGUUGUUGAAGAUGAACUCGGUGAAAAGGAACAUGAAAACCACGAAGAAAUGAAUCAUGAUUAUUUCGUAUUGGAGAAAACUGAAGAAAACUGAUGCAUUAACUCAUUAAAUUAAAGUUUUAUUUUAUGUGCUUAACAGAAUUAUAAUCUAGAUUAAUGUGGAAUAAAAAGGGUUUCGUUUAAGCAUAAAAGUGUUAAUUGACAUUGAUCUGGUGUGCUAAAUGAACUAUACGGUCAACAUUUAAGCAACAUUAUCAUAAUAAAAUUUACAUUCUUAUAGAAUUCAAACAUUUAAAUGACAUGCCUGGUUAUUCAAUCAUACGACAUUACUUCUAUAUAACGAAUUUAUCACUUUACGGAUUUUAUUGUCAUAUUUGAAGCGAAAUAAAAGUAGUUUUAUUUGUAAAUAAAAUUAAUCACCAUCAACAAGUGACGAUGACGUUAUUUG